AUGGGGGACCAGAAGCAGGAGCAGUGGAAUCCCCCUGUCAAGGACUCUCUGACCCAGGGCCAUGAGCAGGAGAUCAAUGAGUCUUCCAAUCUGAGUCCCAAGAAGGAAAAGAAUGGCCAGCUGGGAAGCUUCAAAAGGGCUUUCACAUGGAAGAAAAAACUGGACGUGACGUCUGGGGACCAAGCAGGGGAGGAGAAGAGGCCCAUCCAAAGGAGUUCACGCUCCCUCUUCGGCUCCUUUCGAAAGGUGCCAGAGGAAGAGACGGGCAGGUUGAAGCAGCAGUUAUCCUCUCAAACAGAGGUUCUCCAGGAGGAGUCUAAAACAGAUUCCCCCAGCAAGACCCUGCCGGUGAGAACAAAGGACCCUCCACAAGAGAAACAAAGAACCCCCUCCAAUCCCUGUUCUCCAACCCCGAGCCAGAGGAGCAGGAAGCCAAGCGUGGACUCUACAAACUCUCGUCCUGGAAAGGAAGAGGACACUCUGAGCAACUUGAAGAGGACUUUUUUAAGGAUGAGCAAGAGGGAAGGUACCACUGGGGGCCAGGCAGCAGAGGAGAGCAGCUUUCGCUCCCGCCUCCUCCGGUCUUUCAGGAAAAAUGAGGAGGAGGUGACCCACCGACCUCCAAGGCUACCAAAGGGAUCCCAGGGGUCCCCUAAAGAAGACACCCUGGAAAACACGACGGAAGUGGAGGAAGAAAAGCCAGUGUCAGACCUCAUCGCUGAACGGCAGCUGCUGAAAGCCUUUACCCAGCUCUGCCAACUGGAGGCCAGCCUCGUGGAGGACCAGCACUCGGGGAAGUUCAAGGACGACCCGACUGCCUACGCUCGCCAGGCCAUGGACAUCUGUGUUCAUUAUGAUGUGAUGGCAGCCGAGAUCAGGAACAUCGUGGGUGAGACCCUGAGCCAGCCCAGUGUGGACCCAGAGGUGCUGUCCUGCCUGGCACGGCUGAUUAAGGAGGAGGAGGGGGUUCAUUCGGAGGAUGCGCCCGACAGUGCCUUCCUGAGAGCUCCUCGGAAGUGGAGGCACCUGUGGGAGGAGGCAGUGAAGAAGAGUGCCUCAGACAGGGUGGGGAAGGUGGGCCAGGGUAUGAGUGAACCCACCCUGGCCAGCCUCCUCGCAGAGCUUGGCAGGGUGACCAAGCAGGACCUCGUGAAGAUCCGGCAGGAGGUGCAGCCCUGCUACCCGGAGGACUUCCUCGUGUGGAAGACCUAUGUGGAUGCUUUCCAUGGAGCUGUGUCUGCCCGGCUUCAGGAGCUCUUGCAGGACAUUCAAGGCUUCGAGCAACUCUAUGUAAUAAUGGAUUGGGUGGCCAAUGUUUACUGCAGCAAGGACUUCCUAGGCUCCCUGGACCUGGAACUACAUAUGACUACGAUGCCAAAGCUGCUGGCACCUGAGGUAUGGGAGAAGCUAGAAAGUGACUACACCAAGUUCCUGGAGACCAAGAUAAAGAGCUGCUUUGAUAGCAUUCUGAAGCUGGAGCUGGACCGGUGGUCAGAGAGGAAGAGCCCCGAACUGCUCCAGGAUCUCUACCACUCCCCCAUCUCCAUUGACAUUCAUAUGCUGGUUGGGGAGCAUGUGAACACAGCCCGGGCCAUCUCCUCGGACUUGGAGGCCACCACACUACAGAUCUUGGAGCAGUCAUUGAAUGAAUUCAUCCACAGGUUUGAGAGGAGAUUCCUGGACUCAGAUGUUGCAAAGGAGCAGACCCUCUUCCUGCCCUACCUCUGUGCCUACAUCAAUGCCUUCCAGGAGCUAAAGACCAAUUUACCUGCCAAGUUCCUAAGCAGCUUUAAGAAUGUGGGAACAAUCCUGUCUGGGGUGAUUAGCAGUUUCAAGAAGGAAAUGCUGGUUCAUUUGCAUCGAGAAACACAGAUUCUAUUCAAGGAUGUGGGCAGCAAGGCCUGGGUGACCACAGACAAGCUACAGCCAAUCAUGGAGAAGACUGUCACCUUUGCCCAGCUCCUGAAACACCUGGUUCAGCCCCACAACCAGGAAUGUCUCCAGGAAACCCACUGCUAUGUGGUUCGGGAAUAUGUGGCCCAUGUGCUAAGACCACGAGAACGACUUCGAGGAGCAGAUCGAAUAGCCAGCGCCCAAAAGAUGAGCCAGGAAUCCGAUGCCAUUGACUCUACCUUUCAAAGCCUGGGUUCAGAAGCCACUUGGCUGGGCUUGGCGAUCCCCUGCAUCUCGGAAAUCCUGGGUGAGACCUACAAAGAGGACAUUAAAAAACAUAUUGAAACCCUCAUCAGGGGUUACCCAGACAUCAGACAGGAACACGUGGCUGCCAUUCUAGCCCUUCGGAACUUGGGCCGAAGACGAAAUCAGCAACUCCUUCGUCAUGCCCAGGACCUGCUGAAGAAGACACCAAAGACUUUGCCAGGCCAGGAACUCUUUGGGGAGAUUGAUGUGCCCUCAUCUGUAGAAGUACUCCUCACCUGCAUUUAG